GAGUUGACACAAGACUGAAGUUUACCAUUGAACCAUCGCUGGGAAAGAACGGAUUCCAGCAGUGGUACGACGCUCUGAAGGCAGUGGCUAGACUCCCGACUGGGAUCCCGAAGGAAUGGAGGAAGAGGGUUUGGCUCACGUUAGCAGACCAGUACCUCCACACUAUCUCUAUCGACUGGGAAAAGACGCUUCGCUUCGCCUUUAAUGAGCGCAGCAACCCGGACGACGACUCCCUCGGCAUCCAGAUCGUCAAGGACCUGCACAGGACCGGCUGCAGUUCUUACUGCGGCCAGGAGGGGGAGCAGGACAGGGUGGUGCUGAAGAGGGUGCUGCUGGCGUACGCCCGCUGGAAUAAGAGUGUGGGCUACUGCCAAGGGUUCAACGUGCUGGCGGCACUCAUACUGGAGGUUACUGAAGGCAGUGAGAGCGAUGCACUAAAGGUGAUGAUUUAUCUGAUCGACAAAGUGCUGCCAGAGAGUUAUUUUGCCAACAACCUUCGAGCAUUGUCAGUGGACAUGGCGGUGUUCAGAGACCUGCUGCGCCUGAAGCUGCCCAGACUGUCCCAGCAUCUCCACCACCUUCAGAAAGCUGCCAACAGAGAGGCCGGAGGCAGCUACGAGCCUCCGUUGACCAACGUGUUCACUAUGCAGUGGUUCCUCACCAUGUUCGCCACCUGCCUGCCGGCGCCCACCGUGCUGAAGAUCUGGGACUCGGUUUUCUUCGAGGGUUCAGAGGUGCUGUUCCGGGUCGCCCUUGCCAUCUGGGAGAGACUGGGAGAGAGGAUCGAAUACUGUCAGACAGCAGACGACUUCUACAGCACGAUGGGUUGUCUCACUCAGGAGAUGCUGGAGCACAACCUCAUCGAUCCCACUGAACUCAUGCAGGAGGUUUACUCCAUAGCAGUGUUUCCUUUCCCUCAACUGGCUGAGCUGAGAGAGAAAUACACCUACAACAUCACUCCGUUCCCUACCUCGGUCAAAUCCAAUGGAAGUGGUGGUCUGGGCAGCUGGGAGAGCGAUGACGACGCCGACAUGGACGAUGAAGACUCUGUAGUGACGGCGCUCGGUUGCCUGGGUCCUCUGGGCGGCCUGCUGGCGCCCGAGCUGCAAAGAUACCAGAAACAUCUCAAAGACCAGCGAGUGGAGCAGGGGAACAUCGCAGAGCUGAGCCCCGGAGCGGUGGGAGCUGGAGGGGCGGGAGCUGGAGGAGGAGGUGGAGGAGGAGGAGGAGCCAGGGCCGAGCAUCAGGCAGCAAUCAACAGCAUGAUGAUGGAGAGAAUGAGCACCGACAUCUACGCCCUGAAGAAGCAAUACACGCGUAUCAAAAGGCGGCAGCAGCAACAGGCUAUGCAACUCUACAUACGCACAGGACCUGGACCUGAAGUGCCAACACGUCCAGGGAUUCCUCAGGAGCGUCUGGAGAACCACAGCGACGGUACUGACGACCACGCUGACGACAAGUGCCCCGCCACCCGUGUCCUGGCCUCCCAGCUCAACCCCUCCAGCUCCGUCAUCAACCACCUCCUUCUGGGUCGGAAACCACGCGGAGCAGGCCCCGGACUCUCAUCCACAAGCACAUCCACGCUACCAGGGUCCAGACCCGCUUCUCUGUCCCAGAGUCACGGUUCUCCAGCCAUGCAGCGCUGUGGCUCCAACAGUACCGGAUCUCCGGGGAGCUCCGGAGGAGGCGCAGCAUCCCCUUGGCGUGCUCACGUCCGGGUGCAUCGGAGGAAUAUAGCCAGGGCCCGAGCACAGCUGGGCUUCGGAGAUUCAGAGGAAAGGGAAGACGAGGAGGAAGAGAGAGAGUUGGGGAGACUGGAGGGUGAAGAGGAGAAUAAGAUUGAGGAAAAUGAUGAGGAGCAGAAAGAGGGGAGUGCCUCCUCUGUGUCUCCAUCUCCUGAUCCCUCCGGUGCCAGGUCAGUGUGUGAAGAGGCUCCGCAAGUUGCAGAUGUGACCAAAGAAGCAGAAGUUGCAGAGGUGGUGGUGCAGCUGGACUCCCUGGAUCUAGAGGACGGAUCCCAUCUGACCUCCGCAAACCCAGAUACGCAACCCACGCUGCCAGAGUCUAAAGCUGCACCCCAAGUCCCUCUUCUCCCUCCUCCGCCGUCCUCAAACAGGCAUAAAGAGUCAGACUCCACCGGCUCAGAGGGACCCUUUACCUCCAUCGCUUUACCUCCACCUCACCACUCCUUCCACAUCCCUUCCUCCUCACCUUCCCCCUCUCCGGUCCCUACAUCCGCUUCACCUACGCCACCGAGCUCCACAUCCCGCCUCCCAUCAUCUCCUUCAGCUAACAGCCUCUCCUCUCUCCCUCCUCCCGCAACCUCCACAUUUUACAAAACGUCCUCUCCCUCCACUCCCUCACUCUCCUCCAUCUCCUCAUCGUCCACAUCCCGUAUGUCCUCCUCCCCGUCAACCCCGGCAUUCCCGUCCACCGGCGCCUCCACUCCUAAACACCAGGUCUUCUCCCCGUUCCCUAGCGUGAAGCAGCCCAGGAAAUCGGCAGCAGCCAGGAACCUCGGCCUCUACGGUCCUACAUCCAGAACACCCACAGUCCACUUCCCUCAGCUGAGCCGCAACCUCAACCGUAGUAGUGGUGCCGGCACCACCGGGAGGCGAUGAAAACCUCUGGAUCCCUGAACUGAUGCUAGAAACACACUCAUUCUAUAACGACACCGUGUUGCCUCCUGCAUAUCAACCCUCAUUUGAAGCAGAUUGAAAGUUCAGAAAUCUCUUCAUUAUUGAUGUUGAAAUGUGAAGAUUCACCGGAUGAAGGUGUCAUUCUGAAAUCCACAAGCCAUUAGAGACAAACAUUUAAAGCAGCACUAUGUAAGAUUUGGUCUUUGUUGCCCCCAAGUUGCAACUAGUUGCUGAGAAGAGUCUUAGUUAGUCGCGCACAGGAGGAAAGUAUCAUGCGAUUGCUGCAAUGCGGACCUUUUGCUCUUGUAACACAGUACUAGCUGCCAUUAGCAACAUAGCUUAGCUGACUGAACCCGGACUGGGAGCUCGAAGGAAGGAGGGAGGUUUGUUUACACUAUUAGCAUCGGAGCUAGCAAAGGAGAAUGAGCGCUGGGGCUGUGCGUGUGGGCAACAGAACCGGGUUCACAGCCUCUGAGACCAACGAACUAAAAGCCAGUCUCAUAUUUAUACUUGUCUGGCAGCUUUUCUCUUCUUAGCGCCGUCCGUCGUCGUCUUUUCCUCUGCCGUUAGCUCCAUAGAAGCUGCUGAGCCCGGUUACAUUGCCCGCUGCACGAUCUGACAUCCGAAGCCUAAAAACGUCCUCCUCCCGGCGGUCCGGAGCUCCAGUGCUACCAGCAUAAACACCAACACUCCCCCCGUGCUCUGAGCACCCAGUCCAGACUGUCCAGGACAGUAUGGCUAAGCUAACUAGCUCACAGCAGCUACAUUUGGCAGCAGUUACUUAACUCUGUAAAUCACAUAGAGUUGAAGCGAUCAGAGGGAAAACCAGAAAACAUUUUCUCCACAGAGGCACAAUUCACCCUGUUACAAUUCACUCUACCAUCAGAAUGAUAGGGAAGCUGUUAUUUUAAGGUGGAAAAGUUACAUAAUGUUGCUUUAAGGACUAGUGUUUCACCCACAUCUGUACUGUACAGCCAAGGUAAAGCUACCACAGGACAGUAUCAAGCCCUUUACGGUGGCCUAUGCAGUUCCUUCUUGACCAUAAUGCAUACAUGAUAAUAAAAAACAAAAGACAUGAGGCGUGAACUCUUUGUUUUUAGGACUCAUUGUGUCUCAUCUGCAUUUGUGUCGGACUCGUCUUCAUCUGUUGAACAGUGAGAAAAGGAUUCUCCUCGGACUGAAACAGAACGAGACUCCUGGCCUGGACAAACACUUCCUUCCGGACUCACACGGGGCACCAUAAUGUGAGAUUACGCAACCGCCAUCCAGUUGUUUCGAUGCCAAGUAUUUAAAAAGAAAAAGAACGCAAGAAACAAGAGAUGCCUAAGAAUUGCUGUAAAUGAAGAAUCAUAAAAACUUGUGUGCCCAAAAUCUUAAAAUGUUUAAUGUCCUGAAGCACUUAACAUUUUAUCUUGUUCUGUCUGAUGGUGAAAUCAUAGUGUGUGUGUGUGUGUGUGUGCGCUCUGUAACUGUUGAACAUGAGGAAUGUUGGUCAGUAACAAAGGAAGCUUCAAUGGGAAAGCGACUCUUAGACCCGCUUGGCGGAGUUUUGUUUUUGAACGUUGGGGUGAAAAAUGUGUAGAUGAAAUGUGGCAAAACUAAAUAUAAAGGAAUUCAUCAAUAAUUGAUCAUAUCACUUGCUGUGUUCACAUAAAAUAAACCUGCACAGCACUUCAGAUGUUGAUUGAAUCCCAGUGUGGUCAGCUGCAGCUAAACAUAAUGCUUCAUUGUUUUUACAUUUGAGCACAUUUAGCAUAAUUUAAUUUACCGAAAUUAAACUUUUUCUAUCAUCUACCAGGUUGAUGAUUGUCACAAAUUCAAUUACCGUAAUUACCUUGACGUGGACCCAAACUGUAACGAAAUGUGACACUGCUCUAUAUAACUUAUAACGGGCUGCACAUCAACGAAAAAAUACCUACACAUGAAUACAUAACUUGGUAUUUAUUUAUUUAUUUAUUGUUUUGUUUGGCCUUCUUGUGGAGCACUCACAUGAUCGGUGCCUGUGGGCAUUUAUUGUGUUGGCUGCAUGACGAAGGCCAUUAACUUGUUUUACAAGUUGCUAAAUUUGACUUUCAACCAAACAAACAAUUGUAGCUGGAAAGGACUUAAAGUUGCUUAUGUUUUGCAACGCUUAAUCAAAAAUGUACCCUUUCUAUUCCCCGCCCCUUUCAGAAGCUUUACCCUGGGCGGAGGUCGAAUCAGCCACAGUAGCUCAAUAACUAAAAGUAUGUUACUCCCCCUCUUAUGCCUUCAAGUAUCUCCACUGUCGUACACAUUAUUAGUAUUUUCAUCUCUUUUACAACUUCCUACAGUGUUAGUUGCCACCGUUUUAUCUCAAGUAGCCAAACAUCUGUUGAAGAAUGUCGCUCUGCAUGAUUGAGUUCACUCUUAUUUUCCACUGCCGUAGUUUCAAUGUAUCAUCUUAAUCCUUACACUGUUAAAGGGAUGGGCUGAUUAUCAGAUCUGAUAUUCAGCAUUUUUUUCAAUUAUCAUUAUUUGUUUUUACCGAUUGCUGAUAAAUUAAUUUAGAAGUACUUUGGCUCUGAUGGAGCCGCAUUAAUCUGCCUGUAGUCUCGCUCAAUGCCUACAACCCUGUCUGAUCAUCACAAAUAAUAAAGUAAUAAAUUCUUUAAGAAAAUGUUAAAAAGUUGUCUUUUGCAGCAUUUAAAAUGCUUAAAAUUGCUUAAAGUACUCAAAUAUUUCACUUACGUAGUUCCACAGUCUAAAAAUACUUAAAAAUAUAAAUCUGAAAAGUAACUUAAGUUAUGAAAUAAAUGUGAGUAAAAUGUAUAUUUUCUUCCAUUUAACUCAAAGUUUACAUCAAAGAUUUUAAGGAACAAAAACUCAAUUUUGUAAGUUAAAACAUUCACAUUUUGUUAUUUUUAUUUGUACUGUGAAAAAACAAAAGACCGGUAAAAAGUGCUUAAUCAGGAAUGUUUCUGUAACUUAAGUUAGUGUCACUUGAAAUUUCUGGUAAAAGCUGAUUAAUGAAGAAUCUUUAACUUAACAGAAUUAAGUUAGUUUUACUCAAAAUUUUAAAUGAAUGAAUUUUUUGAGUUAAAUGAACCUAUCUGCAUUUACAGUCUAAAAUGGCCCGUUUGAUCUCUCGAACUCACUAAUUGUAGGAAUACUGUAAUUAAUGACACCAACAUCAAUCACUGAUUUUCACAUAAACACAUAUUGUGUCUAACGUGUGCGUCUGACUGACUACGUUACACCAAAGUAUCCUUCGUUACCGAGGCCAAUACUGCACUCCAAUA